UGUUUCAGAGCACUUUGCUGCAAGGGACCACCUCCACCACGACCUGAAUAUGACUUGGUUUGUAUAGGCCUCACUGGUUCUGGCAAGACAAGUCUUCUGUCACAGCUUUGCAGUGAAAGCCCGGAGAAUAUAGUGUCUACCACAGGUUUUAGUAUAAAAGCGGUGCCAUUCCAGAAUGCCAUCUUGAACGUAAAAGAACUUGGAG